AUGGACCCCACAGACACCACCACAGCCCUCCGUUCCUCAACCCCAAGCGAAGAUCUCACCCCACUAGAACAAGAUGUUUUGGACGAGUACGAACGACUAUCCGAGAACAUGAAGAGGUUGGCAGCUCUGCUAGACAACAUGGCGGGCAGACCUACAGCUGAGGUCUUAGACGGUCUGAGACAAUUGGAACGCAAGACGAGUUUGGUAUUCACAUUGUUGAAGGCCAGUGUUUAUAGUAUCGUGUUGCAGCAGGAGAUUUAUUCUGGGGACCAGGGAGGAGAUGGUGCGGAGGGCGAACGGUGA